UUUGUGUCAAAGUGUAGUUAUUAAUUAAAAUGGAUAUACAUAGUGUGGUAGCUUGUUUUUCUUUGUCUUGUCCUUUUAUAUUUGUGGAGGCUUUCUCAUCAACCUCUUUAUAAACACCUAAAAUAAUGUGUUAAAGAAUCUGAAAACAAGAAUCUAGAGAUCACGCUCAAGGAUGGGAAACGGUUUAAAGUCUUGUAAACAAAAACAUACUUCGCCUCUCAUGAAUACUCCUUUGUUGGAGGAGGAAGAAGCCGAGAAUCUCAGAAUCUUCAGUGUCAAGGAACUGAAGAAAGCAACGAAGGAUUUCAAAAUAGAGAAGGUCGUAGAAGGGGAGGAUGCCUAUGUUCAAACAUUCUACAAAGGUUACAUCAGUGAUGAGACCACAUCAAAACUUCCUGUUUCUGUCAUGGAAGGUCUUAUACAUAGUCAACAUGGUCUAGAAGAGUGGAAGAUAAGCAAAGAAGAAGCUGAGUCUCUAGGACAGAUUUCUCAUCCAAACUUGGUCAAACUCUUGGGUUACUGUUGUGAAGAUAACAGAUCACUAUUGGUUUUCGAGUACUUGCAAAAAGAAACUUUGGAGCAUCACAUUUUCCAAAAAGAGGAGGCACUGCCAUGGGCAACACGGGUUAAGAUAGCCGUUGGAAUAGCACAAGGUGUUGCAUUUAUCCACUCGAUCAAGAACAGCCCAUUACAUCAAGAACUCAGAAUGCAUAACAUUUUGCUUGACGAACAAUACAAUGCAAAAUUUUUAUACCUUGACUCAAAAAAACAAUGUUGGCCAAUUGAUUGGACAUUUGCGGGAACUAAAUACAUGUCUCCUGAAUAUCUAGGUGCAGAUAUUGUGAGACUGGAGACAGAUGUAUACACAUUUGGUGUGAUCUUGCUUGAGCUCUUUACUGGUUUGAAAGAGAUAUCAAUACAUCUGGAACGCUUAAGAACUAGACCGUUCUUGUUUACGGAGAUAAUUGAUCCCAGACUUGGGAGCCAUUAUCCUGUGAACGCAGCCACAAAGAUGGGCAUACUCAUCCAAAUAUGCACCACGAAGCAUCGGAAGGAACGACCAUUGAUGCAACAAGUUGUGGAUGUUCUUAAUUCUGUUUGAUUGAUUUGUAGAGGUACUUAAUAUUUGAUUAAAAGAGUUUAGUGUUUACUUUGACAUUGAAGAUAAUUAAAAACAAAGAAGCAUGUUUUGUUACUGUUGUAGCAGAGUUUAUGUAAUAGAGAUGGCCACACAUAAAAAAGACAAAAUAUAAUCUGUCAAGUUAAAC